CGCCCACCGACCGACGUUCGCCCCCUCGCUGCCCUCGACUUUUCUCGCCCUCUCCGUCUCACGACAUACCGUUCUCACCUCCACAAUGGUCAAUUCGAACUCAGGACUCAUUCCGACCGGAAACGGUGCGCAUAUACCCACCUCCGGCACCCAAGGCACGACCGGCAGCGUCGCGGGAGGCGCCCCGCACUCCUCCGCUCCGCAGCCCAUCAGCGGAGGCCUCGCGCCAGGCACCCCGCAGCAGCCUACCGGCAGCGGCGGCACAGCGGCGCCUAAUGCGCCCCCGGGCGGCAGCAACGCGCCCCCGCACCCAGCCAGGGGCGGAGGCGGAGGCUACCAACCACCCGCCUUCCAGGUCUCAGGUCUCGCGCUGCCCAUCCCGCAAGACUUCGACUACGACGCCUGGAUGCGCGUGCCCCCCGCUAAUCCAUCGCUGAUGCCAAUCAAAUUGCGCCAUAACGACAAUCGAGCCUCCGAGGCCCACAACGCGGCCAGUAUCCGCCAAACGCUUCUAUAUCAAGAUCCGAUCACCCGCGCCAAUAUUGGUCUCACCGACGUCGGCGCUCCACUCUGGCCGCUUUUCGCGUACACGGAGGAGGAGAUCGACGACCUCGCCGAGGACGCCUACGGCACGAUCGCCCGCGAAUGGCCGAACUACCCCGACUUCCUCCAGGCAGCCCUCAAGAAGCGCAAGGCUCUCGCGAAGCAAGCGGACGAGGCUAAGGCGGCAAUAGAAGCCGCGGAGAAGGACGCCCGCAAGCUCAAACCCGUGCCGAUCAAGAUCGCCCCGAUGAUCUUCAAGUCCACCCCGCAAGCCCAGGUCACCGACGUCGACACUGUUCCCAUCCCCGACAUCAUCAUCUCGCAACUCGCCUGCAAAGUUCCCCUCGACGACACGUUUUUCCUCAACAAGACGCUCCGCCUCCUCGCCGAUCAGACUAAUAUCAAGACCCGCACGCACACGCAGCACGCCACAAAAGACGCCACCUUGAUCGACAUCCCGGCCACCAAACUCGCGCUCCGCCUGCCGGACGAAGCCGACCUGAACCUGGCCCAAUUCGACGAGGCGUCAUUGAAUCGACUCCGCGCAUAUAUCAUUGUUAGCCCCCCGGAAGAAGCCGUGGGCAACGAGACGACUAUCGCCCACCACCUGAGGCCCCACAUCGAGUUCAACCGGUCACUUCGCGAACGCGAAGAACGCUUCCACGUUUGGCGCCCCAUCGAGCGCAUGUUUCUCAACCGCAUCAUAAAAGAAGACAUGUACUAG